AAACACAGUGACUUAGCAUGAAAAGGAAAAAUAGCACCUAGUGUUUCAAAAUCAGGCUAGGGGACUGUGUUGUUUACAGUGCAUUUACUCUGGCAUACUGGAGUGCUGUUCUAUUGACUUUCAUUCACACUGAUAGAUGUGUAGCACUGACGUCAGUGACUGGGCGUGGUUUAAGCACCAAGAGCAUCUGCAGUGGGCGAGGUGACUCUGCUGUGUGCCAUAUGAGGUCUAGUGCCAUCCAACAGGGAACCAGGCACAUCAGGUUAUAUAACUAGUCUGUGCCAGCUGCGCCUAUGGCAGUUACCGUCUCACCCACACACAUGCUUGCACGCACACAGACACACACACACAUUUAACACCUAAGAUCAAUGGAAAACACAAGGUGAUUCAUAUAAGUUUGGACAAAUUUAAAGAUUACAUAGAUGAGUGCACAUGUCACAACAAAUAGACAUGGUCCUUUAAUUUUUGUGUUCAAUCCUGUUAUACUGUAAAACCCGGCAAGCUGACUGCAUGUUGGCUCAUUACUAAUUACACAGGUAAAUGCAAACUGUUUAGUUGAUCUUCAACAUUUUUAGAAGAAGUCCACAGCCUGAAAAGAAGACAGAGGCUCUGAGGCUUUUGAGAUGAUUUUUUUCCGUUCUAGAAAUGCUGAAAGUGUUGCAUAACAGAGAGAGGAAGUCAUGGGAAAUAAACCGGAUGUGCAUCUGUGCUUUAUUUGUGUGGUGUCGGUUAUGACAUUAUUAAUAAUUUAUAUACUUGAUUUAUAACAAAACUAAACAGUACACACCAUUAGAUGUUGACUUAGUACAGGACAUAAACAGUAUGAUUUAAACAGUAGAGACAGUUUGAAUUGGAAUUGUGUGGGAAAUGUUCUCACAAAAGUGUUCUUAAAGGAAAGCCAUAUUAGAAGUGUCUUUGGUUGUCUGGUCUUCCGAUGCAUUCAAGUCUCAAUCUGCUCUGCUAUAUCUGAUUUUUCCAUUAUGUAUUUUGGGUAUCUAUUUGUUCAGUCUCUCAUUAAAGAAUUAGACAAAACUUUAUAAUAAUUAUACUAAACACAGCCUUAAUAAAGCACAAAGAAAGACUUAAUUCAUGAUGAACACUUUGAUUUAGAAUGAUACAGGCCUAUUAACUAACUACUUAAUUAAAGAGUUUGAGUUAAGAGGUAGAGUUAGGAAAUUCAUUAUGCAGCUAUUAUUAAGUGUAAUCAAAAGUAUACAAUAACAUAUCUCAGUCUUACUCAUUAGUGAGCUGCAUAUGAGUUCACAUACAGGUCAUUGCUAAAUAUAACUUUCUGUGAAUCUUACCAAAGCCUGAAGUGAAAGUUAGUUUUUGACUGUAGCUGUGUACAACUGGCAACCACAGAUGCACAUCUUUUGAGUGCAGCAAUGUGUGAGUGCAUUGUGAAUUGUGUUGAUUGAUGCAUGUCCAGCCUGGAGCCUAGUAUAAAAGCACACAUGUCACAGGAUAAUAUUUGGGAUUUUUUUCUUCAUCCUACUCAAAACUUUUGAUAGACAGACUGCGCUUACAUCAUCUCUACCAACAUUCUGCAAUCUAUCUCUGUGCAGGGCCCUCUCCAUGGAUAUAGACACAGACUAUGAGCGGCCCAAUGUGGAAACCAUUAAAUGUGUGGUGGUUGGGGACAACGCAGUCGGCAAGACCAGGCUCAUCUGUGCACGGGCCUGCAAUGCCACCCUCACACAGUAUCAGCUGCUCGCCACCCACGUGCCAACCGUCUGGGCCAUUGACCAGUAUCGAGUAUGCCAGGAGGUGUUAGAGCGAUCACGUGAUGUCGUCGAUGAGGUCAGCGUGUCUCUGCGGCUUUGGGACACCUUUGGGGACCAUCACAAAGACAGAAGAUUUGCAUAUGGCAGGUCAGACGUUGUGGUGCUUUGUUUUUCUCUGGCUAACCCAAACUCCCUGCGUCAUGUCCGUACCAUGUGGUUUCCGGAGAUCAAGCACUUCUGUCCUCGGACGCCUAUCAUCUUGGUUGGCUGCCAGCUGGAUCUGCGCUAUGCUGACCUGGAUGCUGUUAACCGUGCCCGCCGUCCUUUAGCCAAACCCAUUAAACCAACAGACAUUCUUCCACCAGAAAGAGGCCACGAGGUCGCAAAGGAACUAGGUAUUCCUUACUACGAGACAAGUAUUGUGGCUCAGUUUGGAGUCAAGGAUGUUUUUGACAAUGCCAUCCGAGCUGCCCUCAUCUCUCGCCGGCAUUUGCAGUUCUGGAAGUCCCAUCUAAAGAAGGUCCAGAGGCCACUGCUCCAGGCCCCCUUCCUGCCCCCUCGUCCUCCACGGCCCAUAGUAGGAAUCCCAGACCCCCCACCCUCUGAUGGAGAAGGCCCUGAUUCUCUGUUCUGCCAGCCCCUCUGUGCUGAUGUCCUCUUUCUCCUCCAAGGUGCCGCCACUCGAGUCUUCGCACACAAAGUCUAUCUUGCUACAUCCUGCUCCAAAUUCUAUGACCUGUUCACUCUGGAUUUGGGGGGGUUAUCCAAAGGGCAGGUGGGAGAGGAUCAGGCGAGCAAAGAAACUAUGGAACUUGGAGAAGAGGAUGAACACACGCGGAGAGGAGCAAAGGAGCAGGCAGGUCGUACCAAAAGUCUGGACAUUGACAAAGAUGGCAUUCAGGGAGGGGUACAGGUGUUGAGUCGACCCCAGCUCCUGCAGCAGGGCUCUCUAAGGACUUCCCAGAGUGAUAAUGCACUCCCUUCUCGAGCCCAGUACACAGUGGGGGUGCUGGGGACCGGGCGGGCACUCUCUGGGUGGGGCAGGGGCUUUCUGAGUGUUUGUCUGGAACAUGUGGAUGAUCCCGUGACAGGACGCCCCCGACUAAUGACUGUGGUUGCCAUGGAUGCGCUCAUACAAGAAGAACCGUUUAAGGCUGUGCUCCAGUACCUCUACACGGGCAGCUUGGAUGAGGGCAGAGGGGAUCUGAUGCAGGUGGCCACUAUAGCUGAGCUGCUGGAAGUGUUUGACCUGCGGAUGAUGGUGGCCAAUGUGCUGAACCGAGAGAGCUUCAUGAAUCAGGAGAUUACCAAGGCUUUCCACGUGCGCAGGGCCAACCGGAUCAAGGAGUGUCUCAGCAAGGGGACUUUUGCUGAUGUGGUGUUCCGUCUGGAUGAUGGCUCUCUUCCGGCUCACAAGCCCCUGCUCAUCUCCAGCUGUGACUGGAUGGCCGCGAUGUUCCGUGGAUCCUUCAUGGAAAGCUACACUGAUGAGGUGUCCAUCCCCAACACAAGCACAGCGUGUAUGAGAGGGGUACUGGAGUUCCUUUACUGUGGUCUGCUGACUCCCAGUCCAGGUCUGGAGCCCAUGGAACUUAUAGUUCUGGCCAAUCGUCUCUGUUUGCCACGCCUUGUGGCUCUCACUGAACAACAUGCUGUUGACGAACUUCUUCAUUUAGCAGUGAAAGGAGUGGAUAUUGAUGGGCAAGUGUUGGCCUACUUGGAACUGGCACAGUUUCACAAUGCCAAACAACUGUCAGCUUGGUGUCUUCACCACAUCUGCACUAACUAUAACAGCAUAUGCAGGAAAUUUCCCAAAGACAUGAAGGCCAUGUCUCCAGAUAACCAGAAGCACUUUGAGAAGCAGCGUUGGCCUCCAGUGUGGUUCCUAAAGGAAGAGGACCGUUACCUGCGCUCUCAAAAAGAGCGUGAGCGUGAGGAGGAGAUUCUGCGCAAGCAGCACACCAAAAGGGGCUGGUGUUUCUGGAGACACCCGUCUUCCUCUCCACACAUCUCCUGAAGUCUGCUCCUGAGGCUAAAGAGAGAACUAAGUCAAAGAACUACUAUGACUGCUUGUUGAAUAUUUGGGAUUUAUCUGGUGAAUUUGGCAUUCAGGUGUGGUGGAGUGUUGUGGAUAUGUAGCUGUGGGUGACACUUGUGCUUCCCAGUGCCGCCCUUCUGUUCCUCCUCUUAAAAUGGUCCCUCCAGCGAUAGAGCACCCAGAAUGUACACUGGGUGCAAGGGCUCUGAUCUCUCAGUCUGCAUUCUUCACACUGACCUUAAGGCUCCAUGUGCGGAGCUAAUUCUGCCUUCACUUACACAGACUGUUAACUUGCACACAUGAACACGAUCACCCCUCCAAAACCAGCACUGGAAACAGGGACACUGACAAUGUCUGAUUUUUACAGAUUUCUGCCCUCUUCAAUAUCUUUCAAGAAUGAUGUUAUCAGGAGUCUUCAUGGACACUAGCCCCAGAAAAAAAGACUGUUACAGUGAAGUGUGGAAGUGGGUGUAACAGGGCAACUCCAAACUGCCAAUGGCCAUGUUAAUUGCAAUGAGCUGAUAAUGGCAAUUAAUCCCCAGUCAACUGGACUUCAACAAGCUGCCAAAUCUUUGGUGCUUGGCAAAAUACAAGCUUAUAUGAAUGAUCUGAAUUAACCCCUAUGCACUUUGUAUGCUCUCUGACAGUAAUCACUACUAGCAAAAUACAUUUUGGGGACCUCUCUACUGGCAAAAGGAUAAGUGCUUAUUUUACUAACAGUUUUACUUAUUUUGUAAUAUUUAUAAUACCAAAGCUGUGAUUUAUUUUAAUCCAAUCAUGAUUCUGCAAAAGGUAGUGGCAUAUAUAUUUAGAAAGUAUUAGAAAAAUAACUGUAAGGUGUAGGUUUUGGUUUGGGAGAAAUGUCUCCGAGGUGCAUACUGCCUUCUAUUUCCUUUUGCUAUAAUUGAAAAUGGUGCUUAACAUAUAAUUUUAUAGUGUCCACAUGCAAUUUGAUACUGACAAUGUCUCAAGAGUUUUAGUGUUUACCACAUAACACUUUGAAGGUAUUCAAAUGGGAGAGUAUUGUGAUUCUUAGCGUUUCUGGGCUCUCUCAGAGUUGGUGAUGUUAGAAUGUGUAAAACCAUUAACCACCCCAUGGCCUCUGCUGCUUUAUAUUAUAUAUUUCUUCUUAACCAAUAGAUAGUGCUUUUGUUGUGAUUGAAUAGUUGGAGUGCAGGUGAGAGCACAUCAGAUUUGUUGUAAAGAGUGAUAAUUUCUUUGGGCUCUGGGCCUUUAUGCGAAAACAAGACAUUGUGGUGAUGACUUUCUAUUAACACAUUGUUCUAUUUGUGCUUGUGUGCCCCUUAGCAUCACCAGUGCGACUGCUGGAGAAAGAUGGAUUGUGUGAGACACGUGGUGUGUUCUCCAUGGGAGAUGUGUCAAAGUUAUUGUCAGCUACAGAAAUAGAAGGUAGAAAGGAUCUCACAAGACUUAAGUGAGAAAUUGGCAAAUUCCUCUUUGAAUUAUGUGCAAGUGAUGGAAAAGCAUAUCCCAGGCUCCAUCUGUUAUUGCAGUACAUGCAACCAGCUACAUUUGUUUGCAGACAUGAAUAUGCCUGUGUAUAUUUGGGUUUUAGGAGGUUGCAUGUCUCUGAUCUGUAAUUCUUUUCCUACUGUCCAUGUGCCUUAUAAUAGUUGGACAACCAGAGUCAGGUAGGAUUUCAACUAAAUUCUCAGUAAGAAUCUGCAGACUGGUUCUGUAGUAACUGAUUCACUAUAAUCAUAAAGGGUGAUGGUGUUGUUUUUAUGCACUCUCAACCAUUAUAUCAAAUGGAGAGGUCUUCUGAGCGAACCUGAGCCAUGCCCCUUGAGCACCUUUGUUUUUUGCUGACAGAUGGCCUUCACUUAAACUUUUCUAAUUGUAAUAGAAGCAACUUUGGCCUUAGUAUAGUCAUUAUUAUUAGUAUUAUUAUUAUUUCAGAUUGUGAUAAUGUUUGGUUUUAAUCCUCUACUCAGCUUUUAGAGAGAAAGCUAAACAAGCAAUGGGUUGACAGGUUGAUUCCUGCAGUCUACAGAGUUAAGCACUGGCUGGUCUCGGUGCUGGGGGGGCUGCACGGUUAGCCUAUAGUCUUUACAAUGACACUCGGUGUUGGAAUGCACUUUCCUUGUUUUUAUGUUUAUUACUAUCCCUGUGCUUAACACAAAUGGUUUAUUGUGUUCUAUUUUCUGAUGAUUGUAGCAUGCUAUUUACACUUAUACUCUAAAAUGGUUAUUGUUAAAUUCUGUGGUAGCUUUUAAUUAGCUAUUUUGCUUUAUGCACAGAUCAGCUUUACUAAAUGAGCUCCAUGCAGCUCAAAGUAGCAUAUUAUAUUAGGCAAGCACAUCCCCACAUGCUCCCAAUAUGCAAAUGAAUGGGUUCUUGACCAAAGUGUUUGGUUUGACCCUUAAGGUGCUGUUACCAUUAAAACAUUUAUAUCAAAGUAAUGCUUAAAAUUUACAACAGCCAAACUCUACUUUUGACUUGUAUACCCACAAAAUACAUAGUGGUGGACCCCAAAAUAAGCAGUUUUAUCUGCAUGUGAGGAGGUAAGAUUAGGUUGCAUGUUUCUUUGAGCAUCCACCCUAUAUGCAUAUGGAUUUAUAAAUGUAAAUGAUAAUGUUUUGUUUUUGAAUGCUUGCUCUAAGCCUCUAACUGGCUAAGGGUUAUGGGAUAAUGUGAAACAUUACUUUUUAUAAAUGUGCAACACUGACACCUACUGGCCAAAGUCUGUUCAAGCCCAUUAUCUGCAAGGCCUCAUUCUUAGUAGAGUCUGUCAUCACUGUUUGGUAUCUCCUUUUCUGUGCCUUGAGUAAAACCUCACUCUUUUGGCUGUGUACAGGCUCUGCACGCAGAGUUUUCUGUGCUCAAAAGAGUUGAUAAAGCCAAGAAACACACAAGAGCACAGAAACUACAGUAGGCAGCUCUCAUUUCUGUAUAGUAUCUUAUCGCACAGUGUUUUUGACUUCCUUUAAGACAUUCAAGAAGCAUUAUAUGAACUUCCACCUGCACGUCCAGUGUAUUGUCUAUGCUAAGAUGCUAACUUGUCAUAUUUCUAACCCAGCAGUUAAGGCAGUGUUUUUCCAGUGUUGCAUUCAUUAAGGUGCCUGUAUGUCAUGCUAUGUAGCCUGUCAUUACUAAUAUUGUGGACAUGCCCAGUUCUUGUCCAUCUUCUCUUAGGUCUUCUUCUCUUUAAGCCAAAUGAAGUCAUACACUCUAUUGUUGCUUAGCUACUAUGAUUUGUUGAAUUAUACUGCAAUCUUGAAAGAACACUUAUAGAGUAUGUACGUUGUGCUUUAAAUCAACAUACAGCAGUGUUGCAAGUUUAAACAGACAAAGCAUAUGUCACUAUCCUCGCUUUAUGUGUUAAAGUGUUUGUAUGAGGCCCACUGUUCAGGGGCUGGAUACUUCUACUGUCAUGGUGUUUAACCUCUGGUCUUUACUGUACUUUAAGUGGAUGGUAUUGACUCUGUAGUAUUAUGAUGCACCUUUGUUCCUUAUGACUCAUAUGGUAUGGGUUUUAUUAACUUUAUUACUACCACUUAUGUUGUGUAUAUUACAAUAAAAGGCAAACAGAGCACAGCAUACACAACUAAAACUAUCAAGGGCUUUCAAACAAUCUACAACAAUCAGAAUGUUUUUGCGGCUAUUGCAAAAAUGUUGUGAAGCUUAAUGUUUGUAAUAUUUUUAAACCACUGAUUUGUACAAAAUAUUGAGAAAAUGUGAUAAAAAGCGUCUUUUUGCCAUUUCAGUAUUUUGAUGUUUGACAUGGGUUUAUUAAAACGGAUAAUCU